AUGAACCCGGAUCUACCCACCCUCACAAAUCUACCAUCGUUACUCUCUCUACCCCUUCUCGCCCACCUCAAUCUUCAUCUCUUCCCGACUCGUAGACCUCCAAUAUUAUUUGAUGAAUUCACAAGAAAACACCUUCGAAAUCCAAGCUUUUCACAACUCGUAUCAUCAUCACCAUUCUCUCGCUUCGACAGAGUCCACGGAACCAAUCUGAACCGAGAAAAUGAAGGAGAGAAGUUUGACUGGUAUGCGAGUGGUAUCCGAGUCAUGCCAAUUUGUGAUUUGGACAAGAGGGUGCCACAUGCAAAAAGGGUGAUGGGUCUUGAUAUUGUGGUGUGGUGGGAUAUAAAUGAGACUACAUGGAAAGUCUUUAAUGAUUCUUGUCCCGAUGGGUCGACUCCAUUAUCCGAGGGAAGAAUUGAUCAAUGGGGAAGGUUGCGGUGUGUAUACCAUGGUUGGUGCUUCAAUGGUUUGGUGAUUGCAAAUUCAUCCUUCAAGUACCACCGGAUGGUCCUCGGGUAA